CAUGGAAAAGAAAAAGUUGAAAAACAGAAAAAGAAGUUAAAAAAAAAAAGUGAAAAAGCAAAGAUUCGCCAAUGGCAGUGCUUCUCUCUCACUCAUCUAUCCACUCCUCUCUUCACUUUUAGCCGCUCAAAACCACCGUCGCAGCCGCCCUUCCUCCGCCGCGAGCUCAGCCACCCUCAUCCAACAACAUGUUUUCUUCUGGGUUGACUUGAAAAUCUGUCUUUUUCUCUGAAAAUCCCCAAUUUUAUAAAUUGGAAAUCAGGACCUCGAGAAUGGAUGAUGCUAAAGCUGCAGAGUUCUCAUUGAAAGUGAUGAUAAAUAAAGAGAAAACUAAGGUACUCUUUGUAGAAGCUGACAACCAUUUCGCAGACAUUUUGUUAAGCUUCUUGACUUUGCCGUUGGGAAGAAUUAUCAAAGUCCUUGAGAAGCACUAUGGAGACGAGGCACCUACCAUUGGUAGCUUAAGCAGCUUGUAUCAUAGUUUAGUAAAUCUUGAAGUUGGCCCCUAUUUCGUGACAGAGGGUGCUAAGCAGACUCUGCUCAAUCCAGCAAGUACAUUCGAAGCUGAAUAUGCAAGGCUGAAAAUUGAUUACAACGAUUAUCACCCCGCAAAAUAUUUCACAUGUGGAAUUUUGUUGUGUCGUCGUAUUCGUAGAGUAAGCAUGUACCAUGAUAAUAAUGCCAAUAUAUGCCCAAACUGCAGAAAUAUUAGAAAACUGCAGAGCAAUUUAUGGCACGAUGGAAAGAAGCUUAAAGAUGCUUCUGGAGAUGGAGUUUUCACCAUGAAUACAUCAUCUUUCAUAAUCUCUGAUGAUCUGCAGAUAUUGCCAUAUAAGACAGGACUCUUAGGAAUCAUCAGCAUUCUUGGCAUUACAGAUGUGGAUAAGGCUGAGCCAAUCAAAGUGACUUUUGGAUUCAGUGAGAUUAUGAGUUUGUUGAAGGCGUCAUUGAUCUCCCAAGCUCCAUUCUCGGACCUCAUACUGAGUAAAGCAAGACAUGUGAACUCUGUAGCUGUGGGAUCUGAACCCGAGACCUCAUUAAAUCAGAUCAAGAAUGAGGACAAUACCGACUCCAAGAAGAUAGUUUUGAAAGUCAUGGUACAAAAGUCUUGCGGUAAGUUAUUGUAUGCUCAAGCUGAGGAAGAUUUUGUCGAGUUUUUGUUUAGUUUGUUCAAUAUUCCACUGGGAGGAGCCGAGCACCUUUUGGCCGGCAAGACUUGUAUUAAGGCUAUAGACAACUUGUACCGGAGCACAGCUGUGGUUAUCGAUGACAAGUAUUUCAAGGCACCAGAUACGAUAAAUAGGCUAACCAAACCCAAUGUGGUUCAUGGUUGUAUUUCCGAUGACAACAUUCUUCUCCUCACUGAAGAGUGCUUACCUGAUGACUAUAGUGAUAUGUCGUGGUCUUCUUCUGAUAAGUUUCCUAAUGGCAAGGGGAGUUAUCUUAAAAUACCGCAAACUUAUCAUGUGGCAGACGAUCUAACUGUGACACCUUUAUGUAUUUUCUCGAUCCUUUCUAGUCUCAAGAAGCAAGAAAUCCCCAUAUCUGAUGUCAAAGAAGUGGAGCUGCAAAUCGGGCUGAAAGAGGGUUUGAACAUACUGAAAGCCUCUCUUACAUCCACUACUGCUCUCACUGAUGCUCUGCUCGAUAUAGUCAGAAUAAAACACAAGAUCAUCAAUUUUAGAGGUUAAGCUGCGGUGUAGAUGGAAGCGAGCAGAGCAAAGUCUUGAUGUAUAUGUAUUAAAUUAGGCUCAGGAUUUCAUGUCUUCAUACAUGUAAUCCACUUAAGUUAUUCCGCUACAACACUUAGAGUAUUUUACUUUGUGGUCGUGUUGUAAAGAUUGCAACUUAAUAGCUUUGAGAAUUGUCACUUGAUACUUGGACAACUUGUUGUUCUAUUGUUGUAAGUUGUCUACUUACUAGUUUAUAAACGUGAUUGCUUAUUGUACCAGACCAUACGGUACAUUGUUGUUAAAGCAGGUUUAUUAUAUUAUUACUAUUAUUAUUGAAA